GCUUUAGUAUAAAUAUGUUCAGCCCUUCCUUUAGUCCGCCGGCUUUAAUCCCCCGCACGCAUUUCCAGCCGCGUGGAAAUCGCAGCCCAGUAACUCCCGAGCCGCGGCUGCCGGGGAGAUUGUGUGUGUGAUCUGUGCCCAUCAUUCCUAAGGAUCUUAGGGAGGGAGAGCCGAGCAUCCUGAGCGGCACAUCCCCGGCGGAUCCCAGCGAGCUGAGGGAUCCGGCUCCAGCUCCCCAGAGAGAGAUAAAGAAGCCCGCGCACCGUCGGCGGGGAUGCCGGUGAAGCGAGCGGGCUGCCUCCCCCUCUGUGCCCGGCGCAGGACCAGCGGCUGACUGGAAGCUGGAAUGUUUCCCACUCCAGGCGAUGCCCAGCCCUGCUCCUAGCCUGCCUUCCUAGGGCUGACAUUCCUGGUUUUCUCCUGUUCGGAGAGCAGUGCCACCGAGCAUGCCGCACAAAGCCCCUGUGCAGCCGAAGCCCAGGGGAGUUUUCCAUUGAGUCCAGCUCCUUAAAAGCCAGAGUUGCCCCUUCCCAGCCCGGCGUUGGGAAAGCACCUCUGCCAGCGAAUUUCCCUGUGCCCAGCGGGUGUUGAGGUCCGGGAGUGCGGGCUGGAGGAGGGGGCUGCCAUGGAAGAGAAUGUGUUCAGCGUGCAGCAGAUCCAGCCCAACGUCAUCUCGGUGAGGCUCUUCAAGCGCAAGGUGGGCGGCCUCGGCUUUCUGGUGAAGGAGCGCGUCAGCAAACCGCCCGUCAUCAUCUCCGACCUGAUCCGGGGCGGGGCUGCCGAGCAGAGUGGCCUCAUCCAGGCUGGGGACAUCAUCUUGGCCGUCAAUGGCAGGCCCCUGGUGGACAUGAGCUAUGAGACGGCGCUGGAGAUCCUGAGAAGCAUCGCCUCCGAGACCUACGUGGUGCUCAUCCUGCGCGGCCCCGAGGGCUUCACCACUCACCUGGAGACCACUUUCACGGGCGACGGGACGCCCAAGACCGUGCGUGUCACCAGACCCCUGUGCCCGGCGCCGAAGGCGGUUGACUUGUCCAACCCAAGCAUUCCCAGCAAAGAGCAGCCACAGCCAGCAGCCAUGGGAUCCCCGUGGAGCAGAGAAAUCGGGAAGGAGGUGGAGCCCAUGGUCCACGUUAACGGUGUUGUUCCCGGCGGCAAAGACGCCGGCAAGGGCAAGGACGGGGCUUGUGGUCACUCGUGUCUCAACGGCGGCAUGGAAGACAAUGAGCUGCUCAAAGAGAUCGAGCCCGUGCUGGACCUGCUGAAGAGCAGCAGUAAGGACAGCAAUGGAGACGCGCCCUCCAAGGUAGAGACACGGGAUAUAGAAGUCCAGGUGGACUGUUUCAGGGAAGGGGAGAACAAUCCCCAGAAAGCUCUGCCAGCUCGGAUGGAGAACGAUCGUGUCCUGGGGGACCUGUGGGGGAAGAGCAAUGUCCCCGUGGUCCUGAACAACCCCUACUCUGAAGCAGAGCAGCCGCCGCCAUCCGGGCGCCAGUCCCCGACCAAGAACACCCACAAUGGGAGCCCUUCCAAAUGCCCCCGGUUCGUGAAAAUCAAGAACUGGGAGACAGGCUCUGUGCUCCACGACACCCUGCACCUCAAGACUGCCAUGGCCACGGCGUGCACCGAGCAGAUCUGCAUGGGCUCUGUGAUGACCCCCAGCCCCCACGUCCGCAAGGCAGAGGACACCAGGACCAAGGAGGAGGUGCUGCUCCUGGCCAAGGACUUCAUUGACCAGUACUACUCCUCCAUAAAGAGAUCUGGCUCCAAGGCCCACAUGGAGAGGCUGGAGGAGGUGACCAAGGAGAUUGAGGCCACUGACACGUACCAGCUGCGGGACACAGAGCUGAUCUACGGAGCCAAGCACGCCUGGAGGAACGCGGCACGCUGUGUGGGCAGGAUCCAGUGGUCCAAGCUGCAGGUGUUCGAUGCCCGGGACUGCACCACGGCCCACGGGAUGUUCAAUUACAUCUGCAACCACAUCAAGUACGCCACCAACAAGGGCAACCUCAGAUCUGCCAUCACCAUCUUCCCGCAGCGCACGGACAGCAAGCACGACUUCCGCAUCUGGAACGCGCAGCUGAUCCGCUACGCCGGCUACAAGCAGCCCGACGGCACCAUCCUGGGGGAUCCCGCCAACGUGGAGCUGACUGAGAUCUGCAUCCAGCAAGGCUGGAAGGCUCCGUAUGGGCGCUUCGAUAUCCUGCCCCUGCUGCUCCAAGCCAACGGCAACGACCCUGAGCUCUUCGAGAUCCCGCCGGAGCUCGUGCUGGAAGUGCCCAUCCGGCACCCCAAGUUUGAGUGGUUUAAGGACCUGGGCCUGAAGUGGUACGGGCUACCAGCUGUUUCCAACAUGCUCCUGGAGAUUGGGGGCCUGGAGUUCUCUGCGUGCCCCUUCAGUGGCUGGUACAUGGGCACGGAGAUCGGCGUGCGCGACUACUGCGACAACUCCCGCUACAACAUCCUGGAGCAAGUGGCCAAGAAAAUGAACCUGGAUAUGAGGAAAACCUCCUCACUGUGGAAGGAUCAGGCCCUGGUGGAGAUCAACAUCGCUGUGCUCUACAGCUUCCAGAGUGACAAGGUGACCAUCGUGGAUCACCACUCGGCCACCGAGUCCUUCAUCAAGCACAUGGAGAACGAGUACCGGUGCCGGGGGGGCUGUCCUGCCGACUGGGUCUGGAUUGUCCCACCCAUGUCGGGCAGCAUCACCCCUGUGUUCCACCAGGAGAUGCUCAACUACCGCCUGACGCCCUCCUUCGAGUACCAGCCCGACCCCUGGAACACCCAUGUCUGGAAAGGGGUCAAUGGGACACCCACCAAGAAGAGGGCCAUUGGCUUUAAGAAGCUGGCAAAGGCUGUGAAGUUCUCUGCCAAGCUGAUGGGCCAAGCCAUGGCCAAGAGGGUCAAGGCCACCAUCCUGUAUGCCACAGAAACGGGGAAGUCCCAGGUCUAUGCAAAAACUCUGUGUGAGAUCUUCAAACACGCCUUUGAUGCCAAGGUGAUGUCCAUGGACGAGUAUGACAUCGUGCACCUGGAGCACGAAACCAUGGUCCUGGUGGUCACCAGCACCUUCGGCAACGGGGACCCCCCUGAGAACGGAGAGAAAUUUGGCUGUGCAUUAAUGGAGAUGAAGAAUCCCAACUCCAACCUGGAGGAGAGGAAGAGCUACAAGGUCCGGUUCAACAGUGUCUCCUCCUACUCCGACGCACGGAAAUCCUCCAGCGAUGGCCCCGACUCCAGGGACAACUUUGAGAGCACGGGGCCCCUGGCCAACGUCAGGUUCUCCGUGUUCGGGCUGGGCUCCCGGGCCUAUCCCCAUUUCUGCGCCUUCGCCCGCGCCGUGGACACGCUGCUGGAGGAGCUGGGGGGAGAGAGGAUCCUCCGCAUGGGAGAGGGGGAUGAGCUCUGUGGCCAGGAGGAAUCCUUCAGGACCUGGGCCAAGAAGGUCUUCAAGGCAGCGUGCGACGUGUUCUGCGUGGGGGACGACGUCAACAUCGAGAAAGCCAACAACUCCCUGAUCAGCAACGACCGCAGCUGGAAGAGGAGCAAAUUCCGCCUGACCUACGUGGCCGAGGCCCCGGAGCUCACCCAAGGACUCUACAGCAUCCACAAAAAACGCGUCUAUGCAGCCCGGCUCCUCACACGCCAGAACCUGCAGAGCCCCAAGUCCAGCCGCCUGACGAUUUUCCUGCGCCUGCACACCAACGGGCACCAGGGGCUGCAGUACCUGCCCGGGGACCACCUGGGGGUGUUCCCAGGGAACCACGAGGACUUGGUCAAUGCCCUCAUCGACAGGCUGGAGGAUGCCCCUCCGACCAACCAGCUGGUGAAGGUGGAGCUGCUGGAGGAGAGGAACACAGCUCUAGGUGUCAUCAGUAACUGGACAGACGAGAACCGUGUCCCACCCUGCACCAUCUUCCAGGCCUUCAAGUACUACCUGGACAUCACCACCCCUCCCACCCCGCUGCUGCUGCAGCAGUUCGCUCUGCUGGCCACCAGUGACAAGGAGAAGAAACGUCUGCAGGUCCUUAGCAAGGGCUUGCAGGAGUACGAGGAGUGGAAGUGGUCCAAGAACCCCACGAUUGUGGAGGUGCUGGAGGAGUUCCCGUCGGUGCAGAUGCCCUCCACGCUGCUGCUCACCCAGCUGCCCCUCCUGCAGCCUCGCUACUACUCCAUCAGCUCGUCCCCGGAGAUGUACCCAGGAGAGGUGCACCUCACCGUGGCCGUGGUGUCCUACCGCACCCGAGAUGGAGAGGGACCGAUCCACCACGGCGUGUGCUCCUCGUGGCUCAGUCGCAUCCAGACGGAUGAAGUGGUGCCCUGCUUUGUACGAGGCGCCCCCGGGUUCCACCUGCCCCAGGACCCGCAGGUGCCCUGCAUCCUCAUCGGCCCCGGCACCGGCAUCGCCCCUUUCCGGAGCUUCUGGCAGCAGCGGCUCUUCGACAUCCAGCACAAAGGGCUGAAGCCGUGUCCCAUGGUGCUGGUGUUUGGCUGCCGGCAGUCCAGGAUCGACCACAUCUACAAGGAGGAGACGCUGUUUGCCAAAAGCCAGGGUGUCUUCAGAGAGCUCUACACGGCCUAUUCCCGGGAACCCGACAAACCAAAGAAAUACGUGCAGGACGUGCUGCAGGAGCAGCUGGCCCAGACCGUGUUCAAGGCACUGAAGGAGCAGGGAGGCCACAUCUACGUCUGCGGGGAUGUCACCAUGGCCGGGGACGUGCUCAAGGCCGUGCAGCGCAUCGUGCGGCAGCAGGGCCAGCUGUCGGCUGAGGAGGCAGGAGCCUUCCUCAGCAAGCUGCGGGAUGACAGCCGGUACCACGAGGAUAUUUUUGGAGUCACCCUGCGCACGUACGAGGUGACAAACCGCCUUAGAUCCGAGUCCAUCGCGUUCAUCGAGGAGAGCAAAAAAGACACGGAUGAGGUUUUCUGCUCCUAACUGGACCCUUCACCCCCAGGGGAUGCCAAACCAGUCCCAGCACCUGCUGCCCCCUCCAGCUGGAGGGCACUGGGUUUUGUAUUUCACGGACACGGUGGCUCCUUUCCCACGGGGAUCUGCCCAUGGAAAGCGCUCUGUCUCUCGUCCUGUCGUUGUGUCCUGAUGAUGAUGAUGAUGACUUUUAUUUCCUUUCUUCCUCCUUCUCUUGCUCUUGUCCCUCUCUUGUGGCCAUUUCUUUUCACCUCCUUCCCCUUCCCUGGAUUUCCCCACUGGAGUUCGAUGGCUUUAUAACCUGCAGUGGCUCUUUUCAGAAUUCCACAUUUCCCCUCCUUCCCAUGAGGGCAUUUUGCAGCUGCAUGAAAUCACCACCUUUGUGAUCAUUUUGGGUGUUUCUGGGGGUGAGCAGAGGUGGCAGGGGCUGGGCAAUGGCGAGGUCUUGUUGCUUGUCCAGAGCUGGGGGUUGUUCCUGCCAGGCUCCCUCUUUCCCUGAUUUGGGGCUUGGCUGGAUCCUUGCAUUUUCAUGGCUUUCCUUUGGGUUUGGACAAACCUGGGCAUAUACCCGAGGCUAGGGGCAGAUGAGGUGCAAUUCCCAUGAGUUUUAUCCAUCCCCAAGCAGCCUGGGUACUGCUGUGUAUUUUUUUAUCUGAUUUAUGUGUCACAAUUUCUCCUAAUGAGCCCCGCGCUUUGUCUCCCUUUUCCUGCUCUCUUUUCCUGCUCCCUGUGAGCCUCUCCCUUUGCUCAAUCCCAAACUUUUGCUGGCAUGGAAGUUCUCCCACAAGCUCUGAACACACAGGUUGAUGUGCAGGCCAAGGAAAGCUCCUGGCAGUGACUUCUCCAGAGGGUUUUACAGGGAAUAUUUGACCUGCAGCCACGAUGCUGGUGCGACCUGGCUGAACCCAGAGCUCUGCAUGCUCUGAUCCCUCUCCCAGAUGAGCCUGGAAAGCAAGGAGGAUGGGACAGAAGCAGCUCCCAGCUGCCAGAGGCACCUCUUGGGAACAAAGACAGCACUUGGAGGGGGAUGGAGGCUCCAGGUCUUUGGCAAGGAUGUGCCAGCAGAGGAAUCGUGAAAUGCCAGAGCCAUCAGCUCUUAGCACAUCUCAUGAGCACCUCUGGGACAGCAGACCCCAGCCCUCUCCACGUUUUAGGGAGCAGAAAGUGUCACUGUGGAGCCACCUGCCUGCCAGGAGAGAUGUGUGGCACUUUGGGGGUGAGGCAGGCUGCUCUGUGCCACCUGCCAGGACACCUCACGGGACAAGGGAGGUGACAUCAGCUGCAAAGGUGCUGGGCUCUGACACGCUCACACCUCAGCCCUGCUGCAAGAACCUGGCCCCAAAAGCGAUUUGUUAACACAAACACAGAGAGGUUGGAGAGAACAGAAAGCCUCUGACACAGAAGAGCUGUCUGCAAGGGAAAGCAAACGUGACCUUGUGUGUCCUUCCUCCUGCUGCACCCUGAAGAAUCCUGGAAUAUUCUGAGUUGGAAGGGACCCACGAGGAUCAAGCCCAGAUCUUGAGUGAAGGGCCCACCCAGGGAUUGAACCUUGGCAUUUUCAGCACCAGGCUCUGCCCAGCUGAGCCAGCCCCAGGUUUGUCCUCCCUCAGUGCCAUCACAAGGACAGCAGGACAUGGCUGCAGGGAUGCAGGGUUGGCAUCUUGAGGUGGCAGCUGCUGAUCCUCCCCUCCUGCCCUGCUCUGCCCAGCUGUGCACAGAUCCUGGAUGGAGCUGAGCACCAGGACUGGUGACAGCACAGGGAUUGUCCAGGAGCUUUCACAGGGCUAAUAUCACCUGCCCUGAGAUAAAGGCAGCACAGAAAGAGCUGCAGGAUGUUUGCUGCUCUCCCAGCCCAUGGAACAAGCCUCACUGGCUCCCCUAUCCCAGGCUGUGCUGUUACCCCCACCCUCAGCCAGGAUCUCCUGCCCUCUCCUGCCACAUCUCCAUGGGCUGUGACACCUUCUGCAUCGACUCCCUAAAUCCCUGAAGCAUCUCCAGCCCAAAAUCCAGGAGCAAAAGGGCUCAAGGCACCGGGAGGAUCUGAGAUCCAGGUCUGCUGGUGCCAGCCGAGCAUCCAACACGGGAUAAAACGAAUAAAUGCUGCCACGGUGUGGCCAGAGCUGAGCUGGCGGGGCUGGGACACACGGCCAGCUGAGUGACACUGCCUCGGGACCUGGCGACCUGCUGGGGAAAGGGCAGUGGGAUGGGGGAGCUGGGUCCCAGCAAGCUUGGCUUUGAUCCCUGUCCUGUGCCUGCAGAAACAAAGCUAAAAUCAGAAAGAAAAUCAGACUCAUCCUCUUCUUCGGGAAUUCUGGCUCUGGAUUUGUGCUCUGGUCCUCCUUUAGAAGAAGGGACAAUGUACCCCUGAGGAGGAGGAGGAGGAAGAGGAGGAGGUAAUGCCCAAAGAAACAUCUCUUUGUCCUCUUCCCAGCUCACACCGUGGUGCUGGCAAGCUUUGCCCUCCUGUCCUGCCUCCUGCCUGCUCUGCUGCACCUCUCCCCUCUGGGGCCCAUGUCUGAGCUGGAAUAUCUUGCUGUUUGUGCAUCCCAAAGCUCGCCAGCUCCAUCUCCCCUCCCAGGGGAGCCAGCAGGGAAGCAGAGCUCUCCUUCCAUGGGUGUGCAGAGGGGUCUGGGCCAGGCAGGCAGACAGAACCCAGCAAAGCUCAGCCCUGCUGAGCCCUUAGAAAUGCUGGCUUAAGGCUCCUUGCCUGGAGCUGGAGCAGAAAUCCCUCCCUGCCGUGAAGGUCCGUGAGGUUCAAGACCCCCAGGGCUCGGAGCUGCCUCUGCUCCUGCAGCCUGAUUGGGACUGCUGGCUCCUCACAAGCUGCACCGCUGGGAAUUUUGAUUCACUCUUUGCUGUUGAGUCAGUCUCAGACGUCUGAACUGCUCCCCUUCAUCCCCUCCACCUGCAGGGGCUUCGCACUCCCCUCGAGCUUCAUUUUCUCCCCUAGCAACAGGGAAGGAAACUUGUGGAUGUGCUUUAUUGUUCCUGAAAUGCAGCUCUGCCAGCCUGGCCUCUGCUCUUCUCGCUGUGGCAUUUCUGAUGUGCAAGUGUAGCCACAAAAUCCCUGCUACAAACACAGAGUGAGGUGGGCUCUGCCCCAGCCCUGUGCCCUGAGCUGCUCCAGGGGUCACACACUCAGGGCUCGUGCCUCUGGGGCACUUGGGUCACAAAUCUGCCCCCUCUGGUGCCUGCCUGCCCCUCCCGUGCUGGACUCAUGGACACCCAGCCUGGCCAGUGUCCCAGUGGCUCUCCUGAGGAUCUCCACCACCCCAGUUCUGAGCAGCUCUGCUCCUUUUCACGCUCCAGGUGUUGCAGAGACUCUUCUCUGAAUAGGAGGUCUGAGUUUCAAGACACUACAAAGUGAGUCAUUAUAUGGAUUUGAAAACCCAGGGGGAAAGGUUCUGUGUUUUCCCAACCUGCUGUGUCCACCAGCAGGGAGAAAUCAUCCAGAGCACAGGAAUCCAGUGCUGUGGUGUUGGUGAUUUCUGAGGUUUCAUCUCCUGGGAAGGACUGCCUGGGAGUUUGUUGUUCUGUUUAUGAGAGACAACAGCAAAACAGUGAGACAAUGGCAAAACAAUGAGACAAUGGCAAAACAAUGAGACAUCCACCACCAGGAGUGGUCUCACAGAGCUGUCACCUCCACAUCAUGGCCUGAGCUAUGUCUGGAGAGGAGCUGAACCAAUCACACCCGAACUGGCCAGAGAAUGGGCUGUGAUUUGAGGCUGUCCGUGCUUCCUGUCCCCUCUGUGCCUGUGUGUCCCCAGGGGCAGCAGGGACUCUGCUCCCCCCCGACCAGAUCUGAGGUGUCUGUGCAUGGCCAGCAGCGCUGCAGAUGUGUCCUGUGCAGCCCUGCAGGUGUGUCCUGGGCAGCGCUGCAGGUGUGUCCUGUGCAGCCUUGCAGAUGUGUCCUGUGCAGCCCUGCAGAUCUGUCCUGUGCAGCCCUGCAGGUGUGUCCUGUGCAGCCUUGCAGAUGUGUCCUGUGCAGCCCUGCAGAUCUGUCCUGUGCAGCCCUGCAGGUGUGUCCUGAGCAGCCUUGCAUGUGUAUUCUGUGCAGUGCUGCAGGUGUGUCCUGUGCAGCCCUGCAGGAGAGGAGCUGGGAACAGCCAAUGGGACAGUGCCCCCGUGUCCAGCCUGUGGCUGCUCCUUUCCUGUCGGUGUGUGACUCCUCUCACCCCAUCCCAUCCCAUCCUGGCUGUUUCCCCGUGGAGCUCCCUCCCUUCCCAGCCCUGCUGCCCACCUGGAGCAGGGAUGGACACGGUGCCUUGUGCUGGGGAGGGAGCACAGCACAGCUCCUGCCCUCUGCCUGCCACGGCUGGGGAGGGUCCCUGGGAUCACUGGAGCAGUGUCCCUGAGGUGGGGCUCCCAGGGGAUGAAGGUGGGAGAGCUCUCAGAGUGGGUGCAGACUGGGGCUGUGAACUCUCCCACACCCUGUUCUGAUUAAACUGUGUGGGGAGAGCCUGUGUUUGUGCUUGAAGCCUCCUGGACUCGCACCAAGCCCAAGCCAAAGCUGCUGCCCCCUGACUUCCCACCACUGGAGCCAUCCCAUUGCCCUCUGAGGGUUCCCACCAUUUUUUGGAAGGGUAAUUUUAUGCUCAACACUAAAUUCUGUUCCUGCUUUCACCAGGGACUAGUUCUCAGCUUCAGAAUUGCUCUGAUAACUCUGCAGUUGUGUUGAUAGCUCCAGAGGGAAGCACAGUCCCUUCACAGAACAGAUGGAGACGCAUUUUCAGGACCAUUCAACUUUGCUGUAACUCCGUGUUUGUUAUAACAAUUCCUUCUGCAAAAUUCGGCCAGCGCUCUUGGAAACCUGCAGUCCUGAACUUGGAUUAAAUUAGCCUGGAAUCCAAGUCCUCCCAGAUCUCCAAAAUGCCUUCCACACCUGCUGGCUUCAGUGGCACUGGGGAUGUUGGCAGCUUGCACAGCAGCAGCAGCAAAUUCAGAAUAUUUUUGCGUGUGUUGAUCCGCACUUGCACGUGCCUGCAAUGCAUGGCUCCAGCAAUCCCUGGGAAAUCUCCCCUUUCCCAGGAAAACUCCAGCUCCAGCUUCUUCCACGUGGCUGUGUGUGUUCAGCAGGGAGUCAGGGGAGAGGGAGAAAGUUGCUGCUUUAAAGCACUUGGUUCCAGAGGUGAAACAGAAUUUAGGAGAGGUCAAAACCAGCUUGGUUCAGCACAGGGAAACUCGUGGGAUGUCCAAACAUUGCUGUGCAAAUCCACCUUUUUUUUCCUGCUGGGAAAAUGAAGCAGACUGGCAAUUCCUGGCCUCCAAGCCUACAGAUGUUUGGCUGUGAUGGAAAUUGGAGCCCUGGAGUCACAGGAAUAAAACCCCAGCAGGUUGUGAGCUCAGAGCUGAGCAGUGGCAGUACCUCACUGCUGCUCUCCUGCCUCACUCACCCACGUCCCACCUGGCCAGAUUUUGGGGAGGGAGGAGGGAGGAAGCACCUCAAAGUGAGCAAAUCAAACCUGUGAGCCUGGCCCUGAGAAUUCCUGGUUUAUCAGGCUAAAGUUUUGCAGCUAUUCCUCAUUCCUGUGGUGAGGAAUUGGGGCAGGACUCUUGUAUCCAAAGCUUUGAGAGCUGUUCUGGAGCUGGGGAAAAGGAGGAGCUGCACUGGGAUGCAGGGCUGGUGCAGAAAUUUGUGAGGGAAAAACACCAGGCAAAGUAUUUUCCUUCCAGGGACAACCUUAAUACCUGCAAAAUUGAAAGGCUAAAUACUGGAAAAGUUGAUCUAAGAGAGGAACUAAUUCAGGGUUUAUUUUUGUUGCUUUGUUUUCAUGUGUUGGUUUUGGGGUGGGGAAAGCAAACAGAGAGCAAACAGCCAGUGUAUCAAAUUUGGAUUAAAUCAAACUUUUGUUCCUACAAUAACUGCUAGGGGAGAUUUUAAAAAUUUAUCAAGGGCAACAAAACAGCCUUAAUCAACUGAGACAUUAAUGCUCCUUGCUUCUGAGCCUGCUUUUUUGUUCUCUCCUUAUGAUCAUGGUGUGGAAUCCUGUCUUAACAAAAGCCACUUCCCAGUCGCCCACAGGAUGGCCAGGAACAGGAGAUGGGGUUGGAGAAUCUCCCUGCGAGUGAGAUUCAGUGCAAAAUCCCUGCUUUGCUAAAAUCCUACAAUAUAGGCAAAUCCCCACCAUUCCCAAGGUUGAAUUCCCAUGCUCUGCUGCCUCGAAAUGCCUUUAAAAACCCCAGGCUCUGUGUGCUUUGUGAGCAGUCUGCAGCUUUUCCAGAGUGCACACACAAUUCCCCAGGCACAGGAUGAGUGGAGCAGGAUGACUUUCAGCCGGGACUCAGCGCUUUUUAGAUUGCACAGAGUUAAAAACACCACUUCUGCCAGCUGCCCAGGGAAUUUGAUAUUCAGUGCCAAUUAAUUUUUGUAAUAGGAGCAGGGAUUUAUCCCCUUGGCUCCCCCAGGCACCUUUAGUCUCAGACUCAAAGGUUGGGUUGGAGUCUUUAAUUUUCCGGUGGCCUUUUCCCGAAGAGCAGCAGUGCCACGACGAGGACGGGGACUGGGAAAGGCGGCAGCUUUGGGGCAGGGAAUCCCGACUUUUUCAUGGUGAAACCUUCAGCUGUGGGUGAAUCCUGCUGGGCUGGGUGGGCUCCGAGCCCUGGCUGCUCUCUGCUCCUCGCUCCCCUCACACCCUCGUGUCACCGUGCCUUCAUCCGCCCGAGGAAACGAUGCCAAGACCUGAGCCUGGCACUCUCACUUUGCAUCCCAUCCAACAGGCGUGUGUGGAGCAGGGGGAGCUGCUUUUGUAGCUGUUGUCUGGGUGGUCCCAGGGCAGGUUUGUGCUGGGGACGCAGGGGUGGGCUGAGCCCGAGCUGUGUGUGAUCCUGCCAGUGCUUUAAGCAGCCAGAAGCGUGGUUCUUCCCCUACCUCCGAGCUCUCAAUGCUGCUAAAAUCUCUGCCACUCGUUCCCCGUGCUCCAGCCCCUCUCUCAGAUUGACUCUGGCUCUGUUUGCAAGAUAUCCACGUUGUUCUGAAGCAUGCACCUCUCUCUGUAUAGUCCCAAUCUUCUGAUUUUAUGGAAUACUUAUGCCUGUUUGCAUUACGGUCAAAAUAAAAAAGUGAACUAAAA